AUGUACUCGUCGGGUAGAGUGCCUGUAUCUGACGAUGAGGACGACGAGCGAGCUAGUCAUGCUAGUCGAGAUUCAGAGUAUGACCCUCAGGAUUAUCGUACCGUGUAUAGGGCUCAGCAUGGGGGAUUUGUUGGUAGUAGUGAGCCAGGGCAACCUUCUACCAGCUCCUCAGAGACGUGGGUAGUACAGGAGCCGAUGCCAGGUGGGCCUGAGGAUGGUACUGUUAUUUCUAGCUUUGGGGGUCACGUGGCUGCAUAUAUAUGGGCUGGGCGGGAGCGAAAUGUUCUGCGGUGUUUGAGCAGGACACAGUUGUGUACUGAAUUGGGUAACUGGCGCGCUCGUCUUCCGCAGGAGCACCAGGAACUGAUUGAUGGCAGUGGUCUAUCUCACUUACCCGGGAUCAUGUUCCGGCGAUUUGACUGGCCCCUGAUUUCUGCUUUUGUUGAGAGAUGGCAGCCAGACACGAACAUGUUUCACAUGCCAUUUGGGGAGAUCACGAUCAUGCUGCAUGAUGUGUAUCAUAUUCUGGGGCUCCGUGUCGACGGUUCCAUGGUUUCCACUACUCCUAGCACGGACGUUUUACGGGACGCGUGCUCGAUUACCAUGGAUAUGACUGCGGAAGAGCUAAAUGAGAAGGCGGGUACUAAAACUGUAUGGCAGGGUAGUGGGGUGCUCACUGAGAGGAUAAUGGAGUCGACCUUGGAGUCGCAGAGGCCCUUCAGUGUCCAUUACAGGGCGUACUUGUGGUUAGUACUUGGCGGAUGUCUGUUUUUGGACAAGAGUGGCAACCGUACUCAUCCUUCCUUCCUCAACGAGCUGUUUGUUGAGGAUGUUCAGAUUACUGAGUACUCCUGGGGUUUUGCUGUGCUAGCAUAUAUGUAUCGGCAGUUGGGUACAGCAUCACGAAGAGAUGCCGAUUCUAUCGCUGGUUGUCUUACGCUUCUGCAGGCUUGGAUCUACGGGUACUUUUCCUGUUUUCGGCCUCAGCAGGGGACCUUGACCAGAGAGCUUACUGUUCCUCGUGCGUCUGCCUGGGAUGUCGGAUCGGGGUGCCCCAACAAGAGCAUGGAGCGCCUCCUCGCUUUUCAUGCUAGGUUGGAUCAUCUGACUGACAAUGAGGUGAACUGGCUACCGUACGGAGUUGAUCCAGCACGGCGCGUGCCUGCUACUCUAUUCAUUGGCUGCAUCCAGUACCGUAGCAUCAUUGAGCCAUAUAUGCCUGAUCGAGUGGUUCGACAACUUGGAUACGUCCAGGGCAUUCCGCAAGCCAUCAUCAGGCCUGAGAAGGCGAAGAGACCGACGAACUUGAAGAUGUAUCGAAUGGACUUUCCGCCAGAGAUGACAUCUGUGAUGUGGACUCGGUUUGUCCCUGGUGCGUCUUUCACUGUGGUGUUAAGUCAUUUCAGCAGGCUUGGUGGUGGUGCUGCUACGGUCGGUCCUGGUUACAUGCAGUGGCUGUACCGAUUUUCUCAUCCUCGUGUUUCUCCAGUUGCGUCAUCACAUGGGAGUCGCGCACUGCCAGAGAGAACUAACACGGAUUACUGGAUGGGUCGGUCCAUGGAGGUUAUCAACAGGACACUGGAGGAGUAUCCGAGCAUGUCGCGUGAUACGAGGGCAAUGGCUGAGGCGCUACGAGCUGAUUGGAGGGCAUGA